AAUCAUCCAUUCGUCUUGUAGUACAAUUAUCUACAACUUCAUCCAGCAUUCAGCUAGAAAUACAAAUUCAACAAAAUGUCUGACGGAGAAGAAGAUCAAACCGCCAUCGUUUGCGACAAUGGAUCCGGAUUGGUAAAAUCUGGUUUUGCCGGAGAUGAUGCUCCAAGAGCUGUGUUUCCAUCUAUUGUAGGAAGACCAAGACAUCAAGGUGUUAUGGUAGGAAUGGGACAGAAGGACAGCUACGUAGGAGACGAAGCACAAAGCAAGAGAGGAAUCUUGACACUCAAAUACCCAAUUGAGCAUGGCAUUAUCACCAAUUGGGACGACAUGGAAAAAAUCUGGCAUCAUACUAUGUACAACGAACUUCGAGUUGCUCCCGAGGAACACCCAACUCUUCUUACUGAGGCCCCACUCAAUCCCAAAGCUAACCGAGAAAAGAUGACUCAAAUUAUGUUUGAAACUUUCAAUGUACCCGCAAUGUACGUUGCUAUUCAAGCUGUACUAUCACUCUAUGCUUCAGGAAGAACCACAGGUAUUGUCAUGGAUUCUGGAGAUGGUGUUUCACACAACGUACCAAUCUACGAAGGUUAUGCUCUUCCUCAUGCCAUCGCUCGUCUCGAUUUGGCUGGUCGCGAUCUCACUGAUUACUUAAUGAAAAUUCUCACUGAAAGAGGAUAUUCUUUCGUCACAACCGCUGAACGUGAAAUCGUUCGUGACAUCAAAGAAAAAUUGUGCUAUGUCGCUCUUGACUUCGAACAAGAAAUGGCAACUGCAGCCUCUUCAACUUCUUUAGAAAAGAGCUACGAACUGCCUGACGGACAAGUUAUUACCAUUGGAAACGAAAGAUUCAGAUGUCCCGAGACUCUUUUCCAACCAUCAUUUAUAGGAAUGGAAUCUGCUGGCAUCCACGAAACAACUUACAACUCCAUCAUGAAAUGCGACAUCGAUAUCCGCAAGGACUUGUACGCCAACAACGUUCUCUCUGGGGGUACCACCAUGUACCCAGGUAUUGCUGAUCGUAUGCAAAAAGAAAUUACAGCUCUUGCACCAAGCACAAUGAAAAUCAAGAUCAUCGCACCACCAGAAAGAAAAUAUUCUGUUUGGAUUGGAGGAUCAAUUUUGGCUUCUCUCUCAACCUUCCAACAAAUGUGGAUCUCGAAACAAGAAUAUGACGAAGCUGGUCCAUCAAUUGUUCACAGAAAAUGUUUUUAAUUUUCCUAUUUUCAAUUUAAUUUCAUCAAUAUUAGACUAAUUUUUCAGUUUUUAAAAUUCGGUAUUUAAACAAAUAAACACAAACCUUGCAUUUUA